AUGAUCAUGCGUACUCUGGCCCCUACUGCAACGCUGAGAAAUGUUAAAGAACUGAUUGUUAUCGCAAAUGGGUACAUUAUAUUGAAGAUUAGCUUUUGUACUGAAAUGUUGGAUAUCGAUGAAGAUCCUUCUCUUAAUCGAAUACAGUUCCGGAAUGCUACAGUACUAUUCAGAUAUCUCUUGCUGCCUAAUACUUCAAAAUGCAACGGAGUGAAGAGCGGAAUCACCAUAUUAGUUCUAACCACUCCAGAACGUGCCAUGAUUCGACAAGCAAUACGUAAUUCUUGGGCUUCAGCUAUACUGUCAAAGUCAAUAAGGGACGGAUUUGUUUCUGUUUUCUUUUUUGUGGGUGCUCCAAAAUCGGAAAAGGAGAUGUCCAUUCUGCUAGCUGAGCAGGAAAACUACCACGAUCUGAUUGUUACUGAUAUGAAGGAGCUUUACGAGAAUUUAGUAUUCAAAGUCAACGCGAUGAUGAAUUUCUUUCUGAAAUACUGCUCUAAUGCAAACUUUCUACUGAAGAUUGACGACGACGUCACCAUUCAUUUGGAUCGCAUGCUCACAUACUGGAACAAAUCUAAACAUGAUAAUGAUAGGAUAUAUUGCCUUAUAUGGUCAGGUGCUCCGGCAAUCCGCGAUCCAUCUAGUAAAUGGUUCAUCCCACAAACAAUGUGGCCAAAAAAGAUGUAUCCAAGUUACUGUGAUGGGCCAAUUUACUUGAUGGGAAAACAUGCUAUGAACGAACUUCUCAGAGCGACUCCAUGCUACAGUCCAUUUCCUUUAGAGGACGUGUUCUACACCGGCAUCGUAGCCACCGCUGUAGGCAUCACGAGGGUGGACUGGCGAUACAAAAUUCAGAAUGUUGACGAGAUGACAUGGGAACGAAGAAUCUAUUGCGAUGGCCCACAUAAUCCUGUUACCUUCGCAAUAUCAUCUUUCAAAACGGCCGCUAGUUUGAUGACAGCGUAUCAUUUACUGGAUUCGUUUACAUGUUAUAAUGGUUCUACAAGUGCAAUUGAUGUCGAAAUUCCACCCUCACAGAAUUGA